AGGAGGAGGAGGAGGAGGAGGAGGAGGAGGGGGGUUGAUUUAGUUCCUUUCUUUUUUUUCCUUUUUUUUUAAAUUUUCCGAGAUUCUCUUUCUUGCAAGUAACAAUUGGUUCGUAGAACGCAGAGAGGCGGAGAGAGAAAGAAAGAAGGAACACAGAAAGCAUUACCACUGUCAUGCACUUGCAAACAUAGUUGUACCAAAAGCGGCUCUUUACAGUUUCAGAUUUAGGGUUUUUCUCUCUUUUUUGCUUUCAUCUUUUCUCGAUCGCCCAAACGCAUCGCAUCAGACUACUGAUUCGGUAUAUACGAAGUCCCCCAUUCAAGUCGCUGAGUUCGAUUCGAUUCGAUCGCUCAAUCAAAGCAUUGACUUCUCACACUUCAAUUUCAAUUUGGUGAAGAAAAUGGAGUUUCAAUUCUAUAAGAAACCAGAUUGAUUUCGAUGUGUUCGAUGAAACCAGAAGAAACUAUCAGAUUGCCCCUAGAAAAAAAAAAACACAAUCUUGGGUUUUUGACAUUUGAAUGGCGUCCGCGAAUAAUAGCAUGGAGAAUUUGAUAUCUGCAAGGAAGUCAUUGAAGAUUAGUUUAGAGAAAUCGAAAGCCCUAGGGCUAGCUCUAGAGAAAGCUGGGCCUAGAUUAGAUGAGAUGAACCAGAGACUACCGUAUUUAGAGGCUGCAGUCAGGCCUAUUCGUGCACAAAAGGAAGCGCUUGAUGCUGUUGGUGGUCAUAUUAACCGAGCCGUGGUCCCUGCAGCUGCGGUUUUAAAGGUUUUUGAUGCCAUUCAUGGGUUGGAGAAGUCACUUUCUGAUCCCCAAUCAGAUCUUCCAGGAUACCUCUCUGUACUUAAACGGCUUGAAGAGGCGUUGAGGUUUCUAGGAGAUAAUUGUGGGAUGGCUAUUCAGUGGUUGGACGAUAUUGUAGAGUAUUUGGAGGAUAAUAAGGUUGCUGAUGAUAGGUACAUUUCGACUUUGAAGAAGGCUCUGAAGUAUCUCAGGGAAUUGCAGGAUAAUGAGGAAAAGGAUCACCAUGAUGGAGGGCUUCUUGGGGCUGCAUUGGACAGAUUGGAAAACGAAUUUCGACGGCUCUUGACUGAAAACAGUGUCCCAUUGCCGAUGUCCUCGUCAUCCUCACUUGGUGAACAAGCCUGCAUUGCCCCAUCUCCUCUACCUGUGCCUGUUAUUCAGCACCUGCAGGCUAUUAUUGGGAGAUUAAUUGCUAAUGGAAGACUUGAUAAGUGCAUAUCUAUCUAUGUUGAAGUUCGUAGUUCAAACGUUAGAGCAAGUUUGCAGGCGCUCAAUUUGGAUUACCUUGAGAUCUCAAUCUCUGAAUUCAAUGAUGUGCAGAGCAUAGAGGGUUACAUAGCUCAGUGGGGUAAGCACUUGGAGUUUGCAGUUAAGCACCUUUUUGAGGCUGAGUACAAACUUUGUAAUGACGUCUUUGAAAGGAUUGGGUUGGAUGUGUGGAUGGGCUGCUUUGCUAAGAUAGCUGCCCAAGCGGGUAUUCUUGCUUUCCUUCAAUUUGGAAAAACUGUUACGGAGAGUAAGAAGGAUCCCAUCAAACUAUUGAAGCUGUUGGAUAUUUUUGCUUCUUUGAACAAGCUAAGGUUGGAUUUUAACCGGCUUUUUGGUGGAACAGCAUGUGCCGAAAUCCAAAAUCUGACUAGGGAUCUCAUCAGGAGUGUGAUUGAAGGUGCUUGUGAAAUCUUCUGGGAACUUUUGGUCCAAGUGGAAUUGCAGAGGCAAACUCCACCUCCUUUGGAUGGCAGUGUUCCAAGACUCGUGAGCUUUAUCACCGAUUACUGUAAUAGGCUGCUUGGGGACGAUUAUAAGCCAAUCCUCACCCAAGUCCUCGUCAUUGAGCGAAGUUGGAAGCAAGAAAAGUUCCAAGAGAAAAUCCUUAUUAAUGAAGCUCUGAAAUUAAUCAGAGCCAUCGAGCUGAAUUUAGAGACUUGGUCAAAGGCUUAUGAGGAUAAUGUAUUGUCAUACCUUUUCAUGAUGAACAAUCACUGGCAUCUCUACAAGCAUUUGAAGAGCACAAAGCUCGGGAAUUUAUUGGGAGAUUCUUGGUUAAAAGAACAUGAACAGUAUAAGGAAUAUUAUUCUACUUUCUACUUGAGAGAAAGCUGGGGAAAACUUCCAGCUCUUUUAAGUAGAGAAGGUCUGAUUUUGUUCUCCGGUGGGCGUGCUAAAGCUCGUGACCUUGUCAAGCAACGGCUGAAAGCUUUCAAUGAAGCUUUUGAUGAACUUUAUAAGACGCAGUCCAAUUGGGUUGUACCAGAGAAAGAUCUGCGUGAGAAGACAUGCCAGCUUAUAGUGCAGGCAAUCGUGCCUGUUUAUCGGAGCUACAUGCAGAAUUAUGGGCCAUUGGUUGAACAAGAUGCAAGUGCAAGCAAGUAUGCCAAGUACACAGCACAAUCUUUGGAGAAAAUGAUCAAUUCUCUGUUUCAGCCAAAACCAGUGAAAUAUGGCAGUUUCAAAAUCAGGCAGUCUAGCGGGAAAUUCAAUAACGGGGUAACAGAUCAGUCUCGUGCUUCUCCUACUGUUAAGUAACUGGCUAAUCAUUGUUACUUACUUGUGGUUAACCUGGAAGGAACAUCGCACCAAUGUACGCCAUCAUUCGAUGGUUAGCAAGACAUUGUAUAUAUUGUCUUACCUUUCAUGGCAUGUCAACAACUUUUUUGUUACUUGGAUUAGAGAAGACAAUUACCAGCCCAUUCCCCCAAGGUUUCUCCAAGAUAUGGAAUCCUUCUUGUUGCCCGGACUUAGUGGCGUACUAAAUACAAUUUCUAUUUCCCAGAGGGUUCUGCUAAGGCCUUGUUAUUCUUGAAGAGCAACAGAUGCAUUUAUGGAUGGAACAUGUUGGUCCGUAGGUUUUGAUUCACAGAGUAAACUUUCUGCUGUAGCUAUUCGUUUCUCCCUCAUCUUCACUCAUUGAUUCAAGCUUCAAGGUAGGUAGCAGUGCAAAUCCUAGAAAUGUGCUAGUGUUCAUGUACAAUUAUUUGAUAUAAAGUACAUCAAGUGAUCUUGCAAUCAUUAUUAUUAUUAUUUCAUUACAUAGCUGAGAAAAGGUUAUCAUCGUCCAAAAACUUGUUUAGAUGCAUGAUCUUUGUGCUACUUGAUGGCACAAUUGUUUAAGAAAUUUCAGUAGUAUUAUAGCCAUGAGUUUUAUUGCAAGACUGUUGACAAUAAAAAGAUAUCUUCUUUAGACAUUCA